GACAGAACACGGUGUCCGCUCACUGGAUGACACACAGGACGUACCUAAGCGGUGAGGAGUUGCCCGCUAAUUUUAAAGAGGGAAAGAAGUGGCUAUGUUUGGCUGAAGCAACCAGCGCGGUGACAAGACUGUGAACCACAUCGUAAUAUUUCAUUCAUUUCGACGGCCACAAAAGGGUUUCCUAAAUGGAGGUUGAAUGCCUGGCACUGAAAGACCUCACAAGUCUGGAGAAAAGUUUCUCAGUGGAGACUAAGGAAGAUGGGAGCCAAGGUGAAAAGGAAAAUGUGUGCAUAGAACGGAGAAAAACCACCCCGCUGAAAACGACAGAGUCCAGCGCUUCUGUUUUCCUCAUGAGCAGGAAGAGCUCAACCUCCGAGCUGCCCCACAUCACUCCCGUCAAGCGUACGGUCCUGGCCGAACCGUGGUCACCCACAUCCAACCUGAAGGUGCUCAUCAGCGCUGCCAGCCCAGACAUCAGAGACAGAGAGAUGAAGAAGGUGCUGUUCAGACCUAUAGAGAAUGACAAAGUUAAGGCGGCGGGCUCAGAACCUCUGGUGGAGGACGCAGAGGUGGAAGACUCUGCUCAGUUUGAAGGGGCUUUUGAUGAGGAAGAUGCGGAGAAGAAGCCGAGCAGGAAGGAGAAGAGCCUGGGUCUCCUUUGCCAGAAGUUCCUGGCCCUUUACCCUGAUUACCCACCAGCCCACAGCCCCAUAUGGAUCUCACUGGAUGAGGUCGCAACUAAUUUAGGAGUGGAGCGCCGACGGAUCUACGACAUCGUCAACGUGCUGGAGUCUCUGACGGUCGUGGGCCGGAUAGCCAAGAACAGCUACAUCUGGUAUGGCCGACAGCGUCUGUGGACCACGCUGGAGGAGCUGCAGCAGAAGGGCCGGGAGCAGGGUUAUCACCUUCAGAUGGAUCUGCCCGCCAAGGCCAGGAGGACCGGGCAGGGCCAGGAGGAAGAUGGAGGAGAGGGAGACUCAGGCAAUGCUGGGGGCAACAGAAAGGAUAAAUCUCUGCGCAUCAUGAGCCAGAAGUUUGUCAUGCUUUUCCUGGUGUCCAAAACUCAAACCGUUACCCUGGACGCGGCAGCGAAAGUGCUCAUCGAGGAGAGCCGGGACUCCUCGAGCCACAGCAAGUACAAAACUAAGGUGCGGCGUCUGUAUGACAUCGCCAACGUGCUGACCAGCCUGGAACUCAUCAGGAAGGUUCACGUGAGAGAGGAGAGAGCCAGGAAGCCGGCCUUCAAGUGGCUGGGCCCUGUCAAAUUUAGCAGCUCUGGAAACAUGGAAAACACCUUGGAUGUCGCACAAGGGGAGGCUGCAGUAAAUGAGGACUUCAGGAGAGCAAAGAUGGCACGUCAUUCCUCCUUCAGCAUCACACCUACUACAGUCAGUGUGCAGCGGCAGAUCAGCUCCGCACCCAGCAGCCCACGCCAUCACCUAACAGGCUUCCAGAAUCAGUGUUUGGAUUACACAAGGAAGACUAUGAGCAAUGGCCCGGUGUGUCAGCUGCAGCGUGGAGGCAGCACUGAUCGCCUCAGCGUGUCGCUGUAUGCCCAGCUCUCACAUAGCAGCACCAGCUCUCUGCCCCCGACCUCCACCCACCCCACCGUUCUAGCGGCACAGCCCCACCCCGAGCAUCUCCUCAUCCCUUCCCCCCACUGCUUGGCCUACCUGCCCAGCCUCUCCCAGCCCUCCGUUGUCAUGCUGUACAAGGCGCCAGAGCAGCAAGAAUGGGCGCCUGCAGGUCAGAGGUCAGCUAAGACGGAGUCUGAGGAGGAGGGGAAGCGGAGUUGGGAGGAAAAUGAACAGGAGGAGGCUGUGGUGACAAAGAAGAGCAAAUCUGGUUUGGAGAAGUCAGAAAAGAUUGGAGCUCAGUCUCAAACAGAAGCCCCAGUGAGCUCAUUAGAGAUGGCCAACACUACUGCCUCAUCAUGCCUCUCCGGCCAGCAGGGGGCCACAGAGAGUCACACUGGCAACAGCAUCUGGGAUCACACACAGCCAUCACACUACCUCUAUGUCCCCAACAGUGCAGGAUUAAACAACUUUAACUUCCUGAUCCCAGCUGGACAGCCACCAGCCAGCCUGUCACUCCAUCCAAGUGGUGUGCCCACCAUGGCUCUACCAUACGUCCUGGUGCCCUCUGCAAUGCUCUCCCACUACCCCCUAGUGGCUGGCAGUGUACAGCAGCAAGCUUCUGAUAAUCCCACCAGCUUGGGUUUCAGUCUGCCUGCCAUGAUGUCACCGGCCACCUUUAUAGUGGGGACGACGCCUCAUAGUGUAGGGGAGGCAUCAGAAAUUAGCGGGCGGCAUCUUCCAUCACCAGCCACUCCCGAACAGGGCAGACCAAACGUGUCAGCAGCAGGGACGCCACGCUCCCCUUCAGGGCCCAGACAGAACGUCAGCAUUAACACAUCAGAAUCUUCGACUCCACAUACUCCUAAGGAAACCACAGCUUCCUCUUCCAAAGCCUUCUUCCAGACCCCAGGAACUCUGGGAAGUGUAGCGAGCGCUGUGCCAGCUGCUAGAAAAAGGGGCUCAGCACAGAGGAGACUGGACAUCGGCCACUCUGCAGCUCCAUGAACGGAUGAAAGCUUGCACUUAACGAGCCACUAUAAUAUGGCGAAACAUUACUGAAAGCUUUUGGUGCUCGAAUGUCCUGGAAAAAAAAGGGAGAAGAAAUGUUUGAACAAAAAAGACUGAUGUUUAUUUUUUUAACUGUGUAUCACUUUGAAGAUGUUGAUGUUGGCAGAUCAAAUGUGCCUCAUGGUUAGAUUCCAGGACAUUUCACAGGAAAUUACUCAAUCAAUAUUGCCAAUGUACUAGGGCCCUCUUGUGGUGGGGGUUGGUAACUGCGCUAUUUGUUUUUUAUUUGAAUUUCAGCCUUAAUUUUCCCUCCCAGACAUGAUCAAGCUACCUAAUUUCUCUUAUUGUAUGUAUUAAAGCCCAAUUACUAUUUAUACUUUAGCUAAUAUAUGUUGAUUACAGGAACUGUAAUGGGACAUUUAGCUUUCUUGUAGUACUAAACAUUUACAUAUAAUAUGCAUCUAACUGAGAUUUUUAGCUUUAGUUGGCCCCCUUUGUAUUUUGUUACAUGAAGAAGGUGUAAUAGGAAAUCUGCUCUCGGUUAGUAGUAGGAACGUCUUUCCCAGACGUUUCUGUGAAGAGGGGAAAAAAUCACUAAAGCCUUAAAUGUUUACAGCCUUUAAGUAUCUGAACUGUUGAUUUUCCUCUUCAGGAGGAUAAUGUUACUUUAUUUUUUAUUUCCGGUGUUUAAGGGUAAAACUCAAAAGCCCAGCACUGAUACUAAGGACUAAAUGUGACAAUGCUGUCAGGUACUUGAAUACUAGUACUAAAUGGAAUAUAUUUAUAUCAGAGUACUGUAAAAUAUAUACAGGGAAAUGGAUCUUACGUGUUUUUAUCUUUUUAGCAUUGUUCUCAUAUAUCCUGCAACAUCAGAGAUACCUGUGUCAGGUGUGAUCUGCCUUCCGGUGCACAGCUGGAAUUAAAAUGUCACCUUUAAACACUUCUUCUCAAGUUGAUCUGGAGAAAGAUCCUGCUAUCAGACAACCCAACAGAAAUCUUAGUGCUUCGUACCAGAUUUAUUCAGAUGUUAACAAAGCCACGCCAAAGGCUGAACAGUGGGUGUGUAGUUCUCCGUUUACAGGUUUAUGUCAGUUAUUAGCAUUUCUACUUCGCCAUUUAAAGUGUUCAGGUGCAGAAUCUGGGUUUCUCUCUCUGUUGCUUCUCUUUCACUGUAGCUCUGCUCUGUGUUUUUCUGGGCCCGUAUGGGUUUUCUUCAAUGGGUUUCACAAAAUUUCAUUUUAAUAAAAUACAUGAUUUUCUUUUAAA